GCUGUGGCGGGGCCCAGGCCUCCCUGCAGCGACGCUGGGGUCCGGACACAGUCCCCCUGGCGCAGCUCGGUCCUCCGUCCCCUCGGCCGCUGGGUGGGGCUGGGCCGGCAGCCGGGACACCGGGCGUCCUGUCAGGUCUCUGCGCGGCAACUGCAGUCCCAGCCCCUGCCCCGGCCCCGGCUCCCUCUCUGAGCAGCUCCGCGCCCGCAGCCCCGCGUCUCCCGUGGUUCAGGGACCACGGAAGGGUCAUGGGGGGAUCCCGCCUCGGGUGUGGGGUUCGUGUGGGAGGAGCGGUGGCCUGUGGGGUCCCCAGUUCCUUUUUUUUCUCCAGUUAAAAAUUAAACGGAGGCACUGUUAAAAAAUGAGAGUUUAUUUUAGCAAACAGCGAUUAUUGAAUGAGAAACUCCCAGUCCUGGCUUGUGGUUUGGUAACGGAAAAACCCAAACCGUGUGGAAUAAGUUUAUUCUGAGCCGAAUAGGAGAGACCUCGGCUGAGGGAAACACAACCCCACGAAGCCCGGAGUAAGCGGUCCCGAGGCAGCUCAUGACAGUUUGGUUUUAUUCAUUUCAGGGAGACAGGAAUUGCAGGAGAAUGAUGAAUCAGUGCCGGGAAGGUGAUUCGGUGGCCUUUGAGGAUGUGGCUGUGAACUUCACCCAGGAGGAGUGGGCUUUGCUGGAUCCUUCCCAGAAAAAUCUCUACAGGGAAGUGAUGCAGGAAACCUUGAGGAACCUGGCCUCCAUAGGAAAAAAGUGGAACAACCAGUACAUUGAAGAUGAGCACCAAAAUCCUAGGAGAAACCUAAGAAGACUUAUAAAAGAGAGACUCUCUGAAAGUAAAGAAAGUCAUCAGCAUGGAGAAGUUUUGACGCAGGUUCCAGAUGACACACUGAAGAAGAAAACUCCUGGAGUAAAAUCACAUGACAGCAGUGUGUGUGGGGAAAUCGGCAUGGGUCUUUCAUCUCUUAAUAGGCACCUGAAAGCCUUUAGUUAUUCCAGUAGCCUUUCAAUACAUGGAAGAACUCACACUGGGGGAAAGCGUUAUGAAUGUAAGGAAUGUGGGAAAGCAUUCAGGUUUCCCAGUUCUGUUCGUAGACAUGAAAGAAUCCACUCUGCAAAAAAACCCUAUGAAUGUAAGCAAUGUGGGAAAGCAUUAUCUUAUCUUAUAAGCUUUCAAACACACAUGAGAAUGCACACUGGAGAGAGACCUCAUAACUGUAACAUAUGUGGGAAAGCCUUUUUUUCUCCCAGUUCGUUAAAAAGACACGAGAAAAGUCACACUGGAGAGAAACGCUAUAAAUGCACACAAUGUGGUAAAGCUUUCAAUUGUCCCAGUUCCUUUCAGUAUCAUGAAAGGACUCACAGUGGAGAGAAACCCUAUGAGUGUACACAAUGUAGGAAAGCCUUCAGAUCUGUCAAGUACCUGCGAGUACAUGAAAGAAAACACACUGGAGAGAAACCCUAUGAGUGUAAGCUGUGUGGUAAGGGCUUUAUUUCUUCCACUUCCUUUCGCUAUCAUGAAAAGACUCACACUGGAGAGAAACCUUAUGAAUGUAAGAAAUGUGAGAAAGCCUUCAGUUUUGUCAAGGAUCUUCGAAUCCAUGAAAGGACACACACUGGAGAGAAACCUUUUGAAUGUAAACGAUGUGGGAAAACCUUCACUUCUUCUAACUCUUUUCACUAUCAUGAAAGGACUCACACUGGAGAGAAACCCUAUGAGUGUGAGCAAUGUGGGAAAGCUUUCCGAUCUGCCUCAAUCCUUCAAAAGCACAUACGAACUCACACAGGAGAGAAACCCUACGGAUGUAAGCAAUGUGGGAAAGCCUUUAGAGUUGCCUCACAACUUAAAAUGCAUGAAAGGACUCACACAGGAGAGAAACCCUAUGAGUGUAAGCAAUGUGGAAAAGCCUUCAUUUCUUCCAAUUCCAUUCGCUAUCAUAAAAGGACUCACACUGGAGAGAAACCUUAUAAAUGUAAACAAUGUGGAAAAGCCUUCAUUUCUUCCAACUCUUUUCUCUAUCAUGAAAAGAUUCACACUGGAGAGAAACCCUAUGAAUGUAAGCAGUGUGGGAAAGCCUUUAGAUCUGCCUCAGCCCUUCAUAAGCAUGUAAGGACUCACACUGGCUAGAAACUCUGUGGAUGUAAGCAAUAUGGUAAAGUCCUUAGAUGGGCCUCAGAACUUCAAAUGCAUGGAAGGACUCACUGCAGAGACUCACUGUAAUCUCAGCAUUUUGGGAAGUCAAGGCAGGAAGAUUGCUUAAGCUGAAGAGGUCAAGACCAGCUUGGGC